GCCAGGCUCCCCCUGGGCUCGUGCGUUCUGCGCCCGCCGCGGCGUUUCCGACCGCCGCUCUCCUGAUUGUCCUUCGCGGCGGUCGCCGUCGCUGCCUCCUCGCCGCGGGGAUCGAGUGGUGGGAGGCCCCGACCCGCCGCGCUGGCGGCGGACCCUGACUGCUCAGAACAGAAACAACUUAUGCCACACGUAUGUUGAUCGGCCGCGUGGCAGUACACCAUUGAACUUGAGCUCCCUGCGGCUUUCUGAGUUAGGAGAGUGGAGGGCCUCUCCUCCCCAGCAGCCUGCGUCAUGCCAGCCCUGUCCACAGGCUCUGCUAGUGACACAGGUCUGUAUGAGCUGUUGGCGGCUCUGCCUACCCAGCUGCAGCCGCAUGUGGAUAGUCAGGAAGACUUGACCUUCCUCUGGGAUAUGUUUGGUGAAAAAAGCCUGCAUUCACUGCUAAAGAUUCAUGAAAAAUUGCACUACUAUGAGAGCCAGAGUCCUGUGCCCAUUCUCCAUAGUGCAGCAGCUUUGGCCGAUGACCUGGCCGAAGAGCUACAGAACAAGCCAUUAAACAGCGAGGUCAGAGAGCUGUUGAAACUGCUGUCAAAACCCAACGUGAAGGCUUUGCUCUCUGUUCACGAUACAGUGGCUCAAAAGAAUUAUGAUCCUAUAUUGCCUCCUAUGCCUGAUGAUAUUGAUGAGGAGGAGGACUCUGUGAAAAUAAUCCGUCUGGUUAAAAACAGGGAACCACUGGGAGCUACCAUUAAAAAGGAUGAGCAGACUGGGGCAAUCAUUGUGGCUCGAAUCAUGAGAGGAGGGGCUGCAGACAGGAGUGGUCUUAUUCGUGUUGGUGAUGAGCUUAGGGAGGUGAAUGGAAUACCAGUGGAGGAUAAGAGACCUGAGGAAAUAAUACAGAUCUUGGCUCAGUCUCAGGGAGCCAUUACAUUUAAAAUAAUACCCAGCAUCAAAGAAGAGACACCAUCUAAAGAAGGCAAGAUGUUUAUCAAAGCACUUUUUGACUAUGACCCUAAUGAGGACAAGGCAAUCCCAUGUAAGGAGGCUGGACUUUCCUUCAAGAAGGGAGAUAUUCUUCAGAUUAUGAGCCAGGAUGAUGCAACGUGGUGGCAGGCGAAGCAUGAAGGUGAUGCCAACCCAAGAGCCGGCCUGAUCCCCUCAAAGCACUUCCAGGAAAGGAGAUUGGCUCUGAGACGACCAGAAAUACCAGUUCAGCCCUUGAAAGCUUCCAACAGGAAAUCAUCUGGCUUUAGAAGAAGUUUCCGUCUUAGCAGAAAAGAUAAGAAAACAAAUAAAUCCAUGUAUGAGUGCAAGAAGAGCGAUCAGUAUGAUACAGCUGAUGUGCCUACAUAUGAAGAAGUCACACCAUAUCAGCGACAGAUGAAUGACAAAUACAGGCUUGUUGUCUUGGUUGGCCCUGUAGGCGUGGGGCUGAAUGAACUGAAGCGGAAGCUGCUCAUCAGUGACACUCAGCAUUAUGGAGUAACCGUGCCCCAUACCACCAGAGCAAAACGAAGCCAGGAGAGCGAUGGCGUUGAAUAUAUUUUCAUUUCCAAGCAUUUGUUUGAAACAGACGUGCAAAAUAACAAGUUCAUUGAAUAUGGCGAGUAUAAAAACAACUACUAUGGCACAAGUAUAGACUCAGUUCGGUCAGUCCUCGCUAAAAACAAAGUUUGUUUGUUGGAUGUUCAACCUCAUACGGUGAAACAUUUACGGACACUAGAAUUUAAACCCUUUGUAAUAUUUAUAAAACCUCCGUCGAUAGAGCGUUUGAGAGAGACUAGGAAAAAUGCAAAGAUUAUUUCAAGCAGAGACGACCAAGGAGCUGCAAAGCCCUUUACGGAAGAAGACUUCCAAGAAAUGAUUAAAUCUGCACAGAUAAUGGAAAGUCAAUAUGGCCAUCUUUUUGACAAAGUUAUAGUAAAUGAUGAUCUCACGGUGGCAUUUAAUGAGCUAAAAACAACUUUUGACAAAUUAGAGACUGAUACCCAUUGGGUGCCAGUGAGCUGGUUGCAUUCAUAACUAAGGGAAAUUUCCACAAUUAUCUUUGUAAGAUGCAUGAUCCAAUCAGUUACCAUUUUAGUGGCAGAGUUUUAUUGUUGUUCUUUUUAAAAUCUGCAUCACUGGCAUUGUAUACAAUCUUGGUAAAGUUGAGUACUAGUUGUAUAUCUUUUUUUCUUCCUUAUUUAAAACACAGUGUGUGACUAUAAGAUCUAUAAGUCCACAUUUUCACAAUUCUAUAUUCUUAGAAAAACUCUGAACCUUCUAAUGUCUUUAGUAUAACUCAAUCUGCAGUGUAAGAUUGAAUUUUUCAAACACAUCCCUAGACAUAGUAUAGACGGGAAGGAGUGCCAUCCUUCAGUGAGCCAGAUGUGGUGACCUUCACUUGGCACAUUGCCCUUGAAGGUAAUAAUUGAGCACCUUGAAUGGCUCCAGACAGAUAAGUCCCUUUGUUAUUUCCAAGUGAAUCCUUUUAAAUCUAAUGAGGCUGGUAAUGAGACAAUGUCCUCAAACUAUUUCAGAAUUGUAAAUGUUUCCUUGCAUAUGCAAUAUGUUCAUAACACAUACAUUUUACAGUCUAAAGGAAUAACUAAAAAAUGGACCUUGAGCAAGUAGUCUUUGUCUUACAGUGCUUACCAAUUCUAUGGUAGAAAAUGUAAUACAUUAUGCUAUCCAAACUGGCCUCAGAUUCCUGAAUCUUUGGCUUCAGCCCCUGUAGUUGCUGGGAUUACAGGCACAUGUCACCAUACCCAGCUUGGAAAAUAGACUUAAAAAUUAUUACAAACAUAAAACCCUUUAUGGUAUUAGUAAGCAUGGUGGUGUCUUAGGGUAAGAAAUGAUUACAAAAGACAUUUUUUUUUACUUACAGAGACUCAGAAGACAUUUCUGGAGUUAUCAGAAGGUUUUCUAUUUAUUUCAUUUUUCAUUUUCUAACUUUGGAUUUUCUCAGUAAAUCAUAAAUAUUCUAAAAUAUUUAAAGUGCAUUUUAUACAUUAGUGAUACAGUUAAAGAAACGUGGGCAUUUUUUCCAGUUUUGUACUUGAUCACAGUCAUUUAACUAACAUGUGUUUUAGAGAACUUUUUAAAUUGUACAAGGGAAUUUCAUCCAGAUAAGCAAUAGAUACAUAUAAUGUACUUUGAUCAAAUUCCCUGUCUGUAUUACUUUCCUAAUCACUGGGAAAACUUACCUGAUGUUAAUGUCUUUGUCACUAAAAUAUCAGACACUGUCAUAACUUUGACAUUGUUAAGUAGGAUAAGAACAACACUUACUUUGUAAGUGUUUAGAUGGAACCUCUUGUUUUCCUUUGUUACUACUGAUCUUCAUAUAGUAAAAACACUGCAGAUGCCCUCAAGUUCUGUUAGAAAACAUGCCAUCUUUGCAUGCAUGAAGUCUUGCCAGGGGAGAAUCACAGCUCUGUGACCUCCAAAAGAAAUGAUUUUUGUUGCUUUGUAAACAGUUUAAAUGUCAUGUUUAAAAUAAUAAUGCAAUUUUAUAUAUUUAUGAGAUAUCCAAGAGGCAUAUUUUUUAAUUAUCAAAUGGGGCUAUUCAUAAAUUGUAUGUAAAGAUGCAUAAUAUAAAAUAGUAGUUUUAUAAGUCAAGGUCAACAUUCCAUGUAAAUAUCUGACCUUUGCACACAGCUAGAGCCACACGUUCAUUAUACAUAUAUUGCACAUUGGGUAGCAUUUAUCACUGGAUUUUCUUCAGACACAUCGAACACAAGAAGCUAUUCCACUAGCUCCAUAUUACAUUCAUAACAGAAUAGCCUGACAGUCAGACUAAAUGUUACUUAAGUUUUUUGAUUAUAUAAAAACCAUUCAUUUAAAAAAGAAAAUAAAGGAAGCUGCGGAGCAGGUUUAUCCAAUAUCAUUCAUGCUACUUCAAAGUCAUGUGGCUGGUUUAAGAGAAGUGUGGUUUGAUAUGGGACAUUCUACUCUCUGAACAUUGACUAAAAUGUCUUCUUUUUCUUUUUUGGGCCAGUCCUAGAGCUUGAACUCAGGGCCUGGACACUGAC